ACCCGACUCUGGACCAUGGGCAGCCCGCCAGAACCCUUCAGCUUCCCCGUCGACCUCGAAGAGCUCAUCCGCUUCACCCUCGACGACCCUUUCGUCCAAUCCAUCGCCACCUCGUCCGCCAACACCUUCUUCCAAACUGUGCCCGCCUCGACCUCGACCUCGUCUUCGUCCAGCUCGCGUCGUUUGCGUGUGCGGCAGGACCACGAGUGGUCUUGCUGGGACCUGCUGCCGGCAGACUGGCGCGCAUUCUUCGAGGGCGUGACGGCCGACGACGACCGCGAUGCGCUCCUGCGACGACUGAGCGAGGGCCACUGUCCUGACGAUGCGCCACCGACCCUCGCCGCCUACCUCGCCUCGUGUCGCACCCUCUCCCUCCCCCGCACCUGCUCCGACCUCCCCGUCGUCACCUACCCACCCUCGCGCACCCGCACCGCCCGCCCCUCUCGCACACCGGCACCGACCAAGCGCACGACCCGCACCGCCGAGGAGCGCCUCGCCAAGAUCAACCUCAAGAACGCGCAAAACGCCGGCAAGUCCCCCAAGAAGGACCACGAGUGCGACCGGUUCGCGGCGCUCGUCGCCGACAUGCUCGAGGACGCGCCCCUGACGCACUGUGUCGACGUUGGGUCCGGUCGAGCCCACCUCUCGCGCGCCCUCGCCUGUCCACCGCUCGACCUGCACGUCCUCGCCAUCGACUGGUCCGACUCGCAAAAGUCGGGCGCCGAGCGCCUCGACUCGAUCCGGCUCCACGCCCAGCUCGCGCCCGCCAAGGGCAGCCUCACGCACGAGGUGAGCGCGCUCGACGCCGACGGCGUCGAGGCUGCGCUCAAGCGGUGGCCGCCGCCCGCUCCGGUCAACGACGACGACGACGACGCGCCCGAGACGCAGCCGGCGCUCCUCGUCGCGCUGCACGCGUGCGGCGACCUGACGCCCGCGGCGCUCACGGCUUUCGUGCGCGCGCACCGCGACGACGCGGCACGGCGCGCCGGCGCCCGCGCCGUCUUUGUCGGGUGCUGCUACAACAUGCAGACACCGUCCCUGUUCCCGCUCUCGGCGCACGUGCGUUCGCUCGCCGGCCCGCCCACCGCCGCCGCCGCCGCCGCCGCCGCCGAGCGCAUGUCGCGCGCGCACCUGCGCCUCACGCCGCAGAGCCCGCCGACGUGGCACCUCUCUGCGGCGUCGACGGCCGCGUUCCGCACCUCGACGCGCAAGCUCGCGUUCCGCGCCCGGUUCGAGGCCGAGCUCGAGGGAGCUCGGAUCGGGACCAACGGCAAGCGCAGCGUCGGGCGCGUCGCCGAGUGCGCGACGUGGGGAGAGUACCGCGCGAGGGCGCUGCGCAAGGCCGAGGGUGGAUUGAGCGAGGACGAGUGCCCCGAGGUGCCGUUCGGGAGCGGCGAGGGCGACGACGAGCGCGAGUGGGCCGCGGCCAUGUUCUACCUGCGCGUCUUCUGGACGCUGCGGAGCUGGCUCGGCCCGCCACUCGAGACGCUGUGCGUCCUCGAUCGGUUCGCGUACCUCGUCGAGGGCAUGCGCGACGACGGCGGCGGGGCGAUGGGCGCGUGGACGAGCGAGAGGCGGGUCGAGGUCGUCAACCUGUUUGACCAGGCGACGGGCAGCUUGCGCAACUUGGCGCUCGUCGUGCGGUGAACGUGCCGGGGAUGAGCGGCGUCAGGGGUGGGCGGGUCGAGGCGAGGUGCGCGAGAAGCGGAGGACGGUCGAGCCUCUCUUGCUCGAGGAGGAGGAGGAGGAGCGAGAGGCGAGGUCUCGUUGCGCGAGUCGCUGUAGACGGGCGUGAUUGCAAGAACUGUAUCGCAGGGCAGUGCCCCUGUUCACACC